CAGUAUUUUGUGUAAGUUUUAUAAGAAACUGCUAGGAGGAGGAAGUUUUCUUUAAUGCUUUAAAAUUUCCUAUAGCAGGUAACAACAGAAAUGUGGGUUAUUUUAUUAUAUGUCUAAACUAUUUCUCUACGGUGCAGUGAUCUCAAACCAGACAACAUCCUGGUAAGUAGCGAAGGUCACAUCAAGAUUGCAGACUUCGGCCUGGCAGCAGAAAACAUCUUUGGCAACGACACAAUCUGUGUCCAUAGAGGAACCAUGAAGUUCAUGGCUCCAGAGGUGCUAGAAGACCAGCAAUAUAAUGCUGCGGUGGACUGGUGGGCAUUUGGCAUCAUCCUGUGCCAAAUGGCCACUGGCAGGUACCCAUUUAAUGACAAAAAUGGGGCUGCGAAAUUGAGACACUCCAUCCUUGAGGAUAGACCCAAAGUUCCAGUCUGGACUCCCUCCAAAGUAGUCACUCUCCUUAAAAAGCUCCUGAGGAAGAAGGCUUCCAGUCGUUAUGGUAUCAACGGAAACAUCAGGCAAUGCGUCUUUUUUGAUUCCAUUGACUGGGAUGCACUGGAAAAUGGGAGAUUGUCACCACCAUUCCAGCUAGAAGCUUUGCAGCAACCGGCUAGGAAUAAUGAAGGGAACAACUUAUUUUUGCAUGAGAGUGCACCAAGAGGAGUUAACAUCAUUGAAGGGUUUUCCUAUCAGAGUCCCAGCUGGCAGGAGUGACUCAGUGCAGCUAAGCGAUGAUGCACAAUAUCCUUUUUUUGCAUGCACAGUGUACCAUCAAAUGUCAAUCAACAUCUGCAUCAUUUGACCAAGGCCCCGCCUAUUCCAUCAUUCCUAUUCCAUCAUUCCUAUUCCAUCAUCUGCCUCCUAACUUCUGCUCUGUCUUCAGCUUACACCAUCUAACUAGGCCAUCACCUUCUACAUCUGUCUGGCUAUGCCAUCUGUUAAACUGGCCCUGCUGUUUCUAUCUGCCAUUACUGUCUAGUCCAACUCAGUGGGUCACCUGCUUCACCUGGCUGAACUACCUCAGGAUUUUCUUUCUGGUAUUUUACCAUAACAACCUUAAUCUGUGUCAUUUACUCCAUCAAACAUCACCUUCUGCAAUUGACACAGAUUACACCUUAACAUACUGUUGCCCCUUCACCAAGGUGUAUCUGUCUGUGCCAUCUAAGAUGCCCUACCAUCAAAUCCAACUAAUAUAACAGAUUACUGUCCUUCUUUGUAUCCACUUUGAGAGUAACAUCUACUUUACCAACUUAUCUAUUUACGCUCUAAGUUUGUUUAUGUCUGUUUUAUCUAUACCAUCUUUAAUCUGUGUCAUCAACUUUAUUAAUAAAUGCUACCAUAUUUUCCAUCUGCAAUUAACAUCUAUUCCUCUAUUCCAUAACAUCGGCACCUUCUACCAUCUGAUCCAUCUGCCAUUUACAUCAGCUGCUCAGGAACCGUGCCAUCUGCUCUACCUGUUUUAGUCAAAGCAGCCAAUAACAUCUAGUCAAAGCAGCCAAUAACAUCUAUGUGGCUGAAAUUUUCAAAAAAUCCCCUUUUCCCACAGCAUAUAUUUCAUUCUAUCCCUUAUCCUUACUUAAUAUACCACCUCUCUGCCUAAAAUCAUAUUCCACCACCACACUUAAUAUGCCACUACUCAAUUCUAGACUUACAUACCUCUUCCAUUUCUCACUACAUCAUAAUAAUAUUGCAACUUCCCCAAAACCAACUUGCUUCCCCUACGCCAGUCAUAUAUAUAUAUAUAUCACAUACCCCCCUCAAUAAACAAUACAAGGUUACAUCUCUCUUAUCACAACGUUGAUUCAGGGAUUCGUCCGAUUGCCAUUUUGGAAUCAGGAAGGAAUUUUUUCCCUGUCUGAGGCAAAUUGGCUAUAGCUUCAGAAGGGUUUUUCGCCUUCCUUUGAAUCAACUAUAAUAAGCCAUCAUCUUUUCCUCCAUUUAUAAUAAACACCUCUCCCCGUCACAGCUAAUAUCUUUUUCAAAUUUAAAAUAAAUAAGUUAUAAAAAUUAUAAAUAAAUUUAAAAUAAAGUCUUUAAUUGCCCCUCCUAAAAAAUGCAAUGACUAUGGUGUG